AAACCCUGUAAUUGGUCGCUGAUUGGUCACUGAUUACGGGCAUUACGUAGAAGACCAGAACGGCGCGGGCACGCACUCUUCGUUACCUGUGUGAUUUUUUAAAAAUGUCGGGGAAGAUUUGGCGUUUUAGUUGUUGUCAAAAAAAGAAAGAACGAGGCCAACAUCUGUCAAAAUCAAAACAAAAAGGCAAAGAAAUUCAUGGCGUGUCACUUCAGCCGAGUACAAGCGGUAUCGAUAUCGACCAUGUCAACGAUUUUCGUGAAAGUGGUGGGCAAAACGAACAGCCGGAAAGGACGACUAAAGAGUUUCUGAGCAGUACACCCGUUGAACAGAAACAAAACACAGGCAUCAAAGACAGGGGAGACCACGUACAUGCUCAAAACAUCAGAGCUGGAGUAACUUUGAACGGGUUUGAAGAGAAAGACUUUGUUGACAAGGUUGGUAGCUCGGUGGUCCCAUCGUCAGAAGGCGAGAGGGACUACCAGCUAAUCAAGCUGCAGCUGGACACUGCACAGACGGAAAAGCAAAAGCUCGAGGCUCAAGUGCUCCAGGCCAAUCAGAAUGUUCGAGACCUUCGACAUGAAAUUGCUGUGUUGCAGAAGCGCCUCCAGGUAGCGGAGAACCGGCUGCCAAACCUGCCUCCCCUUUGCCCGCCUCCUCCGCCCCCACUCCCCCCACCAGCUCAGCCGCACGUCAACCCUCUCCGAGCUUUAUUGACAAUAAUCCAGAAAAGAAGAAACUCCAGGGAUCCUAACAUCUGCCCGCUGCAGGACGUGGGCCCUCUUCCUGGCAGCCCAGAGGACACUGAGGCUUCCUAUAAUCACCAGUGUCCUGGGAUGAAUGAAGUUUUGGAGAUGAUCCGCAACGGUGUCUCGCUUCGACACGUCAUUCAGGUGCACAAGGAGAGCUUCCGAGCCGGCGAGGACGGCGCAGAGCCUGCUGGGAGUCAGCUGGUGCCGGAGCUGCAGAAGAUCCUGAAGAGGAGAAAGGUGUCCGCGGACAAGCACGUCUCAGACGGCUCAUGCGACGGCUCUAUGGAGGAGGACCCCGGCUCGCGCGGGCCGAGUCCUCAGCGGGACGAUCCCGCCCCGAGGAGCAGCCCUGGGGAGGGCAGUCUCCAGAGCCCCCCCCAGCGGGAGAAUCUCACACAGGACACCGGAGAUGCAGACGGUGAAGUGGAUGAAGGACAGAGUGACGGAGAUGCAGGCAGUACUGCGAGCACCCUCCCCCUCACCAGUCCACUGGACCAAGGCCUGGUACGUUCGGUCAAUGCGUCUCCAUGCCCAGAUGGACCCGCUACGGACACUAGCAGUGGGCAGCCUCACAUGGAAGGACCUGGUUCAAAUGAUCUGAGGACCAACUCUGAGAACCGGGUCCUCCCAGCUGACCAUGGAGUUACGGUCGAUGCCUCUCUACAAUCAGACUGCUCUCCCAACUUGCCGGACCAAAGUCCGGUGCUCCGGUACCUAAACUGGGACAGGUGGAGCGGUGUAGACCUGAAGAACGCCUUGCCCUUCAAGUCCAUCUUUAAAUCCGUCUCGUUCAUGACCAACAGCAACGGCGGGGAGAAAAUCGCCCUGCAGAACCCCCAGGACCCCAGGAGCGAGUCUCUGGAAGCCCUGGAGUCCGACCGCGGUGGCCAGAGUUUCGGAAGCGCCGAUUCCGGCGAAGGCGUUUCCGAGGGCGCGCACGGGCAGUUCUCCCUGCUGCACGACAUGCUGAAGCCUCCCACGGCCCCGUCUGGAGCGUGCGAAGAGCAGGCCCACACCGCCAUCGCCAGCGAGGUCGCCCGCGUCCUCAAUCCUGAGUUUUUAGAGGAGAGCGUGGACGGGCCCGAGCUGGGCAGCCCGCUUCCCGAAAACCAACCCGGUCUUAAAGGCCCUGCCUUCGUUCCUCCAGAGAGAGGCUCGGUCCCACACUGUUUUUGAGCGUCCAUCUUGAAGUUCCUCUGGACGUGGAUUGGUGCGGUUUCCAAGCCCCUUCCGUUCUUACAGUGGUCAAUGAAGAGCGAUAUUCUGUUCAGAUAUGUUCUUCCACUACUGAUACUCAGAGCUACUAAUAACAGGCAACUCUUAUCUGAAACCUCUGCACAUGUCAGAAGAGCAGCUGAAUGUUUUCUGAUGAGCACUUCACCUUUUCCCUUGGUCUCUAUGCUGCAAGCUGUGGGUUGAGCACACGGUGCACCUCUGUUCUGUUUGAUUUCCUUAUUAUGUAACCAAGUUUGGAGCCUGGAAAAAAAGGGAAAAGAAGAAACUAUGCUUGUAUGGUGUAUGGAGGUAUAGCGAAUCGAUAUGCUUUCCUGUCAGAUUUUACCUCCAGUUUAAUAUGCAUACUUUUACUCAUGGUCUGAUGGAUUUUAGAAAUGUGAAAUGGCUGAACUUGGAAUGUUCUGUAUUUGUUUUGAUUUGUAAAGUUCAUGUAUAGUUAAAUACUUGUUUUCUAUUUUGGAUGUUGUAAUUUAAAACAUAAUUACCGUUUUAUUAAAUUUGAUGAAAUGUUUUCAAUAAAUGAAUUUUUCUAUGAA